GGCCAGGUGGGUGGGAGGUGUCUGUGGUGGCAGCCAUGGGCGAGCCCAGGGCCGGGGCCGCGCUGUCCCCUCAGCACAGCUGGGAACACCCGGGUGGCCGCAGAAGGGACAGAGCCGCGGGGUGCGGCCAAACAUCCGCAGCGCGGUGGGGCAGCAGCUGCCAGGAGAGGUGGGAUCAGCGGGUGGGGACACUCGCCUCGUCCCCGCAGCGCAGCAAGGGAGCUCGGCGACAGGGAAAGGGGACUGAGGCGCUCUUCCGGCAGGACGGGACGGGACGAGCGCCGCACUUCGCCCCGCAGCCCCGGUGCCCGGGAUUGUUCCCGGGAAGAACCAACGCGUCAAGAAAAGGACACAAGCGCGGCGGUGUCCGGCGGGAGCGCGGCCACGGAAGGGGAAGGUGUAAGCCCGACCCGCUCAUCCCCGCCCGCCCCGGGCUCGCCCUCCCGCACCCACCGCGGGGCUCCGGGCUCCCUUUGCGUCCGGACAGGAGCUGCACCGGUGUCCCCGUCCCGGCGGCUCCGUCCCGCAUUCCCUGCGGGAUGCAGCGAGCGGCGGGCCAGGGCUAG